ACGACCUGCUAAUUUGCCGCAUCCCCUGUCACGCGAGAUAACGCUGCAAGUUUUAGGUCGCAACGCGGAACUCACGGAAGCACUCAGGUGGAGCCCCUGCGGUUCGUGUAGAGACUAGGGGCGGCCGAAUCUGUUCAUUAGAGCGUGCAAUCUAACGUCCGAAUAGCCUUAGUCCGAACUUCCACCACACUUUACCACGCGAGUUAUUAACCUCUGUACCACCCUGACCGUCAGAACUUUCAGAAGUUCGGACGCUAGGCUACACGCCCUUAGUUACCGACAAGUCGUAUUGAUAGUGAUUGCAGCGUUUGAUAGCUAUCUCUCGAUAGUUCUUAAAGUUUUGGUAGAGGAUCCGUGGAAGGCAAGAGGGAGCCAAUCUGGUGGAGUGAUGCUUCAGACGGAGGAGUUCGAGCGGGUAGGCGAUGCGAGGGACAUGGAGAUGGACGAACAGCACGAGGGCGCGGACGCCGGCUACGCGGAGCACCGCCUAGAGUACUACGACACGGACGAGUCGCUCGCGGCGAGCGACGACGAGGACAGCAUCAUGGACGACGAUGACUUCGGAUUCACGUGGCGCCAACCAGGCGGUUCACGUGGCGGUACCCGGCCGUUCCAAGACAACUCGGACGACGAUAGUGAUCUCCUGGAGGGCCCGGAGGACGUGAGCGCGCGGCAGGUGCGGCGGGGGCGGGACGUUCAGGGCAUCCCGUGGGAGCGGCUGCACCUGAGCCGGGAGAAGUACCGCGCCAUGCGCCUGCAGCAGUACAAGAACUACAAGAACCUUGACGUCUCGCUCGACGCUGUCGAUAAGGAAGUCCAGCAGGUGGCGACGGGCAGCGGAUUCUACGAGUUCGCGUACAACACGCGCGCUGUCAAGUCCACCAUCGUGCACUUCCAGCUGCGCAACCUGGUGUGGGCCACGUCAGCGCAUGACGUGUAUUCGCUGCACCACCACGUCAUCAAUCACUUCUCCCCCCUCACCCGGAAGUCCUCCCAAGUGCUCGACCUGGCAAGCCCUCUCGUCGCCCGCCCCCACACUCACGUUCACGCAGCCACAGGAGCCGCAGGCAGCGCAGCAGGCAGGGUGGGGCAAGGCAGCCGAGUGCAGCUAGAGGCCGCGGGACGGGCUAUCUACACGGGGCCUUCGCCCUCCGCUGCUUCUGCAGCAGCAUCCCCCGCUGGCGCUGCCACACACACAGCCCCUGGCUCCGGCAGAAGCAGCAGCAGCAGCAGUAGCAGCACGAGUGAGGGGAGAGGGGCGGAUGCGGGGGGGCGGGCGCAGGCGCAGCAGCAGCAGGAGGGGAUAUGGGAGGCGGUGGACCGGGUGCAGGUGAGCACCAUGUGCGUCAGACACGGGCUGCUCGUCGCGGGGGGCUUCCAUGGCGAGAUGGUCUGCAAGAGGCUCGGCACAGGCUCGGAAGCUGGGACAGGCUCGGAAUCCGAAGCAGGAGUGGCGUUCACGGGGCGGAUAUCGCGGGAUGAGAGCGCCAUCACGAAUGCCGUUGAGAUAUUCAGAGCGAACAGCGGCGCACUGAGCGUGCUGACGUCCAACAACGACUGCGUGGUGAGGGACUUCGACGUCGCCACCUUCUCCAUCCUCUCGCGCCAUGCCUUCCCCUGGCCCGUCAAUCACACGGCAGUGUCGCCUCACAGCACCCUGGUGUCGGUGGUGGGGGAUGAUCCCGAGGCUCUGCUGCUGGACCUCACCUCGGGCAAGGUUGUAGGCCGCAUGCGGGGCCAUGUGGACUACUCCUUCGCUACAGCCUGGCAUCCCGGCGGCAAUCUCUUUGCCACAGGCAACCAGGACACCACAUGCCGCGUGUGGGAUAGACGGCGCCUGGACUCCUCCCUCUUUACCCUCAAGGGGCGCCUGGGGGCCAUUCGGUCACUCAGAUUCACAAGCGAUGGCAGGUUCAUGGCAAUGGCCGAGCCGGCGGACUUUGUACAUAUUUUCGACACGAGCAGCGGGUUCACGCACGCUCAGGAGAUUGACAUCUUCGGGGAGAUUGCGGGUGUCUCGUUCUCGCCCGACACGGAGGCGCUGUUUGUGGGUGUGGCGGACCGCACGUACAGCAGCCUCCUGGAGUACACGCGCGCGCACUCGCACAGCUAUCUUGAUGCAUGCACAUGAGUUUCGUUUCUUGGGUGCCAUGGCGGACCACAAGUUGGUGAAGAUGAGUUGGGCAGCAGGUUGAAGGAGUGUACUUGUGUGCACUCGUAAGUAGGGUAGAGCAGCAACCUCAUUGGCUUGGUUUUGUAUUCAACUGGAAUAAUCAUCAGCAGCAAUGCUCUGACUGCAUUCUUUAGACAAGGUGACGUCAGCUGAACAGCCUGCUUCGCGUGUUGUCCAUCUCAGUGCUUGUGGGCAUCAUCAGAAGUACAGCUACACUCUGGU